AUGAAUUAUCAGCAAGGGAAACUAGUCCUCAUUACCGGAGCCACCGGGCAUGUUGGCCACGCUGUUUUGCUCCGUGCCCUCUCGGCCGGAUACCAGGUACGAAUUACGCUAAGGGAACCCUCCAAGGCAGCCCUUGUCCGGGACUCGUUACCUGGCAGGUACCACCUGAACCGACUCUCUUUUGUCACCGUCUGCGACCUCACUCAACGAGGAGCCUUCGACGAAGCCCUACAAGAUGUGUCCUACAUCAUCCAUAUAGCAAGCCCCCUACAACGUCCCACUUACACCGACUACAACCGAGAUAUCAUUGCGCCAACUGUCCAAGGAACCUCCAACCUCCUGCACUCGGCCCUGAACCACCCUACGGUACAACGGAUCGUUAUCACCUCGUCUACAUCUGCCAUUCUAGACAUCAACCCUACCAAUAAUCUACCCCUCACACCCUCGGACCACCCCAUUUCGACAACCCACCGCCACCCUAACUAUGGCCCGGACUUCAUCACAACCUCCGAACACGCCUACAUAGCCGCCAAAACCGCUGCCCUAAACCUCGCAAGCGCUUUUCGUGCUCAAAAUUUGCCCCAUUUCGACAUCAUCCAUCUUCUCCCGGGCUACGUCUUCGGACCCAAGGGUUUAGCCACUACCCCCCGGGAAGCUAUCAGCGGAAGUAAUGUGUUCGGAAUCGGGCUGGUGAUGAGAAAAGGGUCAUGGAGAGACUGGGUUGUUGAGGCAAUGUCGUGUCAUGUGGAUGAUAUUGCCGAGGCGCAUGUCAAUGCCCUUGAUCCCAGGGUAGCAGGGAAUCAGGACUUCAUAUUAUCUGUUCCAUUUCGGCCGGAGGAGGUGAAGAGCAUUAUCCGAAAAAGGUUCCCUGAGGAAGGAGACAUGGUCAAAGAGGGUAUUUUUGCGGGUGGAAAUGAGUAUUACCGUUGGUUUCAUGUUUCUUAUGAUGUGAGUAGCAGUGAAGAGAUGUUGUUGGGCCGAAAGUUGAGGGGCAUUGAGGAGCAGAUCGUUGAUUCUGCGAAGCAGGUUCUGGCUUUGGUUAAAAACUAG